AUGAAACACAUGAUACGCAUUAUUGUGAAACAAAAAUUUCAUGAAGAAAACCACCUCCUCCUUAUUAGGAUUAGUGUAUUGGUACAUAGGCUCGAUCUUGAUUUCUUGACAAUCAUUUCUUCAAUAGGAGUGUACGUGAAAGACUAUGACUUUGAGAGUAGUUUAAGCAUGAGUGGUUUUGGGGCUCGCCGCCUGUCUCCCAUGGCGGAGGAAGCUGGUCUUGGGUCUCCACCGACGGGAAACCCUCCCGUGAUGGAUCCUGCUGCAAUUUCAGUUCAAAAGUCGUAUGCUACGAUUGUUGGGAAACCGGCUCUCUCAAAAUUCAACGUUGAAGUUAGUGUGGUUGAUGGUAAAGCCAUGGUGAUUGUCCCUGAUGAAGUGUUAAAAGAUUCAGUGCCUCUUUGGGAGGAUUUCUUGGUGGGUAGGUUCCCUAAUGCUGCUCCGCAUGUUGGCCGGAUUCAUGUCAUCGUGAACAAAAUUUGGAACCUAGGCGAUCGAUCUAUAAAGAUAGAUGUGUAUAGUAUGAAUGAAAAGAUGGUGAAGUUCAGAAUCCGAAAUGCUGCCGUGCGAAACCAUGUGUUACGUAGGGGCAUGUGGAACAUAUGUGAUCAGCCGAUGAUUGUGUCGAAAUGGACUCCGGUUGCGGAGGACGCUCAACCAGAGAUCAAGUCUAUGCCAAUGUGGGUCAUUCUAAAGAACGUCCCACCUUCCAUGUUUUCAUGGCCGGGUCUUAGUUUCCUCGCCAGUCCGGUGGGUGAGCCUAAAAGAUUGCACCAAGAGACGGAAUUAGUUACAUGUUUUGAUGAGGCAAAAGUAUUUGUUGAGGUGGAUCUUGCGAAGGAAUUACCUAAAUCUUACAUCUUCAAGAUUAAAGGGGAGGAGACAAGUGUUCAAUAUGAAUAUCCAUGGCUCCCUCCAUGUUGUGGUCUCUGUAACAAAUGGGGCCAUUUUGAUGACGGAUGCCUUGCAGCAGCGGGUAAGUCAAGAACGAGCCCAAACAAGCGAGUAAUAUCUCACCAUGAACCUGGUGCAAACGCGAGUACAGACCUCUCUGUUUCUUUGGUUGCUCCAGUAUUUGAGUCUGUAGGUGUUCCUGACAAGGUCACAUCGCCUCCUGCUACGCCUUCUGUUGAGGUGCCUGCAGAGCAAGUUAGCACAGAACCUGUUCAGCAAUUGGUCCCCGUUGUAACAGUUUCUGAGGUAGGAAACAUCGUCACAGAACAGGAGGAGGGGGAGUUUAUUCCUCUCUCGCCUAUUUCUACUAUACAAGCGUUCGGGUCUAAGGAUGAAGAGUGGUCUAAGGUUACCCAUUCUGGAGGUGGGGGCAGAGCUGCAUCACACACUCAGGAUGGCGUUGUUCCUCUAACAAUUAUUUCGCCAACACGUUUUGAUGCUUUUAGAGAAGAUACAAUGGAGGAGGAAUUACUUGUCGAGACCGUCCCUGCUGGAAAUCUGAAAUCUACAAAUAGAGAUCACAAAGAUGAAAAUGUUACAUUGCGCCCAGUCCUACCUAGAGAUUCUAAGAAUGCUCAUAAGUAUUUGCAGGCUUCCUCCUCACAAGUGAAAGCUUCUGCCACAUCUGGUUUGGAGUUCGGUUGUUUAUUGGAAACAAAAGUAAAAGAUAGCAAAGCGUCUAACAUUGUUCAAAAGGUUUUUUCGACUUGGAAUAUGGUCUCUAACUACGAGUUUAGCAGAUUGGGACGGAUCUGGGUGGUAUGGAGUGGGAAAGUUAAGUUGCAGGUCCUGCAUAAGAGUAGUCAGCUAAUCACUUGUCUCAUUCAACUGCCAAAUUUGGAUGAGGACUUUGUAUGUUCUUUCAUUUAUGCCUCUAACCUGGAAGUAGAAAGGAAGGAUUUGUGGCAAGAUAUUAAACAACAACAGAACUCUCUAGCUUUUCAGAGUAAGCCAUGGAUUUUAUUUGGUGAUUUCAAUGAGACUUUGGACCCAAAUGAGCAUUCUCGGGUCGCCAUCUCCCCUCAGUUAACCUCAGGCAUGCGUGAUUUCCAAGACUUAGUUCGGUAUUGCUCCUUUGCCGACCUAAGAACCCAUGGCCCUCUUUUUACUUGGUCUAAUAAGCAAGACGGCGGGUUGAUCUGCAAAAAGCUGGACCGGGCGCUCCAUAACCCUGGCUGGCUUCAGACCUUUCCUCAGUCCUACUGUACUAUGGAAGCCGGAGGCUGUUCUGAUCACCUCCGGGGUACUAUCUCUCUCACUUCUGGUUUCUCUCGUUCUCGAGGACCGUUCAAAUUCACCAAUGCUAUAGCUUCUCAGCCCGAGUUCAUACCGCGAAUGAAGAGCUAUUGGCAAGCUUCCUCUCCUCUGUUUCAAUCUACCUCCACUCUUUUUCGAUUUUCGAAGAAGCUAAAGUUAUUAAAACCUAUUCUCCGUGAGCUUGGCCGAAAUAAACUCUCAGAUAUCUCUCGCCGUGCAGCAGCUGCCUAUGAUGAUCUCUGUUUGUUACAACUCCGCACUCUCUCGUCUCCCAAUCCUCAAGACCUCAGGGAAGAAACAAAAGCAUAUGAAAGGUGGGAAAAAGUUAGACAAGCUCUAAACUCGAUUCAUGAGGUGCAAAAUCCAGCGGGGGUAACUCUCACAAACUCAAAUGACAUCAAGGCUGAGGCUGUACGCUUCUUUACGGAUCUUCUCACUACCGCCCCAUCUGACUUCUCAGGCGCCUCUGUAGAGUAUAUAGGAGCUUUGAUCCCUUUCCGCUGUUCUGACCAUGAUCAAACCCGGCUCACUGCUGAGGUCACCGAGGCAGAAAUAAAGAAGGUCAUUUUUUCUAUGCCGACGAAUAAGGCUCCUGGUCCAGACGGGUACACUACGGAGUUUUUCAAGGAAGCUUGGGAUAUAGUCGGGCGUGAGCUCAUACUUUCCGUCAAAUCUUUUUUCACUUAUGGCUUCCUUCCAAAAGGUCUCAACACUACCAUUCUGGCUCUGAUCCCAAAGACAGUCGACGUAAGAGCAAUGAAAGACUAUCGGCCAAUCUCUUGCUGUAACGUCUUGUACAAAGCCAUCUCCAAGAUUAUCGCUAAUCGCCUUAAGAGAAUUCUUCCUGAUAUCAUUGCUCCAAACCAGUCAGCUUUUAUCCAUGAUAGACUGCUAAUGGAGAAUUUACUUCUUGCCACUGAAUUAGUUAAAGAUUACCACAAAGAAGGCAUCUCUCCUCGGUGUGCGAUGAAACUUGAUAUCUCCAAGGCUUUUGACACGGUACAAUGGUCUUUUAUUCUGAAUAUAUUUCGGGCUCUGCAUUUUCCAGAACAGUUCAUUCAUUGGAUCAACCUUUGUAUUUCUACUGCUUCUUUUUCUGUCCAAGUAAAUGGGGAAUUAUCCGGGUUCUUCCAAAGUACUCGUGGAUUACGUCAGGGCUGUUCACUCUCGCCUUACCUGUUUGUCAUGAGUAUGAAUGUUUUGUCUCAUAUGCUGGAUAAAGCGGCGGCCGAUAAUAGAUUUGGCUACCACCCAAAGUGUAAGAAUCUGAAGCUAACUCACUUGUGUUUUGCUGAUGAUAUAAUGGUGGUCUCGGAUGGCACUUUACGGUCCAUGGAUCAUAUCUUGGGGGUCUUCAAAGAGUUUGCCGAAAUCUCCGGGUUACGUAUCAGUUUGGAGAAAUCUACUUUGUUUUUGGCAGGUGUCGCGGGUACAGUUCGGGCUAACAUUCUAAGUCGCUUUCCUUUUGAAUUGGGUACUCUACCGGUUCGAUACUUGGGUCUUCCACUGCUUACUAAGCGUCUGUCAUUGUCUGACUGUCUCCCUCUUUUGGAAAAAAUCAGAUCGCGCAUCAGUUCUUGGAAAAACCGUUUUCUAUCUUAUGCUGGAAGGCUGCAACUCCUAAGCUCCGUUAUUUUCAGUUUGACGAAUUUCUGGAUUUCUGCUUUCCGUCUACCGAGUGCUUGCAUCAAAGAAAUUGAAGCUAUAUGCUCCGCUUUUCUUUGGUCUGGUCCGGAAUUAAGCUCCACAAAGGCAAAGGUGGCAUGGCGUGAUGUGUGUCGUCCCAAAGAGGAGGGCGGAUUAGGCCUGAAGUCUCUUGCUGAGGCAAACAAAGUAAGCUGUUUUAAACUCAUUUGGCGUCUGUUCUCAGCAAAUUCGCUAUGGGUUGAUUGGGUUAAGAGCGAGUUGCUUCGUACUAUUGUUGAUGCUCUUAGACACCGUCGCCGCCAUCACCGUGGUGAGUUGUUAAACCAGAUUGAAGCUGAGUUGGAUAAGUUUCGCAAUGGUUUAGGCAAUGCUCGUGAUGUACCCCUAUGGCGAGGUAUAAGUAACAAGUUCAGGCCACAGUUCUCUGCGAAAGACACUUGGCUUCAGAUACGCAACAAUGGUGUAACGCUUCAAUGGGCUAAAGGGAUCUGGUUUUCCUACUCCACCCCUAAGUUCUCAUUUAUUUCUUGGCUGGCUACUCUCAACCGCCUUACAACAGGGGAUCGAAUGGGCGCUUGGAACUCAGGGAUAUCAACAGGUUGUGCGUUUUGCAAUGACCCGUGGGAAACCCGUGACCAUCUAUUCUUCUCUUGUCCCUACUCAUCACAAGUAUGGCACGAUCUCACAUCUCGCCUACUGCAAGCACAAUACACUCCGCUAUUCUGGGAUGUCGUCUCUCUCAUCUCGGGGACCCAACUCCCUCCAACUGUUCGCUAUAUCAUAAGGUAUGUUUUCCAGUCUACAAUUCACUCGCUUUGGCGGGAAAGAAACAACAGACGUCACGGAGAACGACCUCAGCCUACAGACCAGCUCAUUCUACUCAUUGAUCGACAUAUUCGCAACCGGUGCAGCUCACUCAAAGGAGACGUCUUCAGCUCUUGGUUGGCCUCUAGAUACUAA